AUGGCGACUGCUAACCCCACGCCGGAGUUUCAGCGCAUCCUGCAGACAGUGUCCGCUUCAGGAAGAGACGAUAAAACAUAUUUGGUCGAACAGAGGAACGACGUGUUUGCGUGCCUUCCGACUGGCUACGGGAAGACCGAGAUCUACACCCUAGUUCCCCUUGUUAUGGAGAGGAUGCGCGGUAAACAAUGCAUCAUGUUGGUGGUGUCGCCAUUGUUGUCCCUGAUGCAAGACCAAGUGGAGCGUCUACAGAGAAGAGGGAUUUCAGCGGCAUACAUAGGCGAGACGCAGAAAGACCCAGAGAUCAAGCGAGGCGUUGUGGAGGGGAAAUACAGCCUGGUCUUCGCGUCUCCAGAAGCACUGCUGAACUCUAAAACAUGGCGGGGCAUGCUAACCAGCUCCACUUACCGCGAGAAGCUUGUCGCCAUGACGGUAGAUGAGGCGCAUUGUGUAACGACUUGGGGUAAAGAGUUCAGAAAGGACUACAAGCGACUGGCUGAGCUAAGGUCAUUGGUUGCUGAUGUUCCUGUCCUCGCGCUAACAGCCACAGCCACAGAAGACAUCAGGAAGGACAUCCUUUCGUCCCUGUGUAUGGAGCCUGACACCUACACUGUUUCCAAACCAUCGAACAGGCCAAACAUCAUGUACCAUGCAAUAGCUGCAACCUACGACAUGAAAAAGGAGUUCCACUGGCUUCUAUCUGAACUGAAAGAUAAAGGACAGUCGUGCAGCAAGGUCAUCAUAUACUGUAGAAACAUCAAGGCAUGCUCCCAAAUGUAUAAAGUAUUUAUGAACUCGUUGGGAGAUGAUGGCUACAACCUUGAACAGGACCAAACGAAGUCAUAUAAGAAUAGGUAUGUAGCCAUGUUCCACAGAAGCACAGCUAACACGAAUAAGAAUUUUGUGUUAGAACAGUUCACGAAGACAGAUAGCAUUGUUCGGAUAACAAUUGCCACAAUUGCAUUUGGAAUGGGAAUCAAUGUACCUGAUGUAUAUGCUGUUGUACACUGGGGGGCUCCCCGAAAUGUUGAGGGGUUUUACCAGGAGAGUGGAAGAGCGGGCAGGGAUGGUCAACCUGCUCAUUCACUCAUUCUGCAUCACAGCAGAACUCUAGCGAAAGGUUCAUGCUCACCCAGCAUGGCCUCAUACUGCAAGCUAGGUAACGAUUCUUGUCGAAGGAAAUAUUUGUUAGACUAUUUCGCACUGAAGAGUACCAUUAGAGAGGAGCUGUCUGUAGAGCACACCUGUUGUGAUUCCUGUGGAGAUAGUUCAACUCUACCCUGGCAUACAAACCUGGCAUCUUCAGAAGUCUCAGAUGAAGAGCUUUUAAGAAUAGCAGCCAUUCGCCAGCCAACUUCAGACCAGCUUAAUCUGUUAAGAGAAUCAUUAAAGGACUUUAGAAGGGACUACAUGGAGGAGAUGGGACCUACAAUGUACAGUUUUAAUGUAGUCACUGGAUUUUCCCUAGCCACGAUUGAUUGCAUUGUUGAAUGUUGUGCGACAUUACUGACCAAAGAUGACAUCAUGACUGAUAUUGGCUUGUGGGAUGAAGAAGUAGUGGAUAUGGUUUUCAAUAUUUUAGAUGAAACCUUUCAAGACAAUGUAUAGGAAUGUAUAGCAUUGUAUGGUUGUCUAUGAAUGUAUAUAAUAUGUAAACUAGUUUUCAUACUUUCAUACACACUUAAUCAUCCUAAACAGAGAAAAAUGCUUCUAUAUAUCAAUACUUUAUUUUUUACAAGACUUCAAGAGCAGUGACACUUGUAUGUAAAUAUAUACUGGUUAUUCCCUAUAUUAUACUGCUACCUGUAAGUCACUACCGGUACUGUUUCUAUACAUCAUCACUGUAUUAUUUAUAAGUCAUAUCUUCAAGAGCAAUGAUUGCUGUAUCUGAAUAGUCACUGAAUGGUGGUUAUUCCUUACAUAUGUAGCAUAGUGCCAAGUCACUGAUUACGUCUUCUUUUUUAUAGAAUAUAACGUAAGUGGCGAAUGACCUGGAAAUGACUUGGCAAUGUUUUCAUAUACUAGUAAUAUAUGUAAUACCUUAGUUGAGUACAAGUCUGUGGACAAAAUACAUUGGAGUACCUGAUUUGACCAAACUUAAUCAUGUACAUUAAACUGAUGAAAACAAA